CGUUCGCCGUAGCACGCGCCUCCGGGCGAGUUUGACUUUCUCGGUGUGUUUUUGGAGCCCGUCGCCCCUUUCCUCGACCCCUUCCCGUCGGCUGUUCUAGAUGACCGAAUGGAGUUUUGAGCCGGACUUCUGUGUCCCUGCCGGUGUUGGGCCUGAUCCCAGAGCAUUGGGGGCGGGGUGGAGGUGCGACUGUACAAUGCAAGUUGGAUAAAAGGAGGACCUCUCGCCAAGGGCCCCAAUGAGCGGCACACAGUCGACUAUCACCGACAGGUUUCCUCUCAAAAAACCUAUAAGGCAUGGAAGUAUUUUGAACCGAGAGUCAUCAACAGAUAAGAAGCAGAAAGUUGAACGCAGUACAUCACAUGAUUUUGACCCCACAGACAGCUCCUCCAAGAAGACAAAGUCUAGUUCAGAGGAGAGUAGACCCGAGACAUAUGGUCUUGUGCAGCGCUGUGUGAUUAUCCAGAAGGAUGACAAUGGAUUUGGGCUGACGGUCAGUGGAGACAAUCCAGUCUUCGUACAGUCUGUAAAAGAAGAUGGAGCAGCCAUGCGGGCUGGAGUUCAGACAGGUGAUCGCAUCAUCAAGGUGAAUGGAACUCUGGUGACUCAUUCAAACCAUUUGGAGGUGGUGAAGCUAAUCAAAUCUGGUUCCUAUGUAGCUCUCACAGUGCAGGGACGACCGCCUGGGUCGCCCCAGAUCCCACUAGCUGACCCUGAAGUAGAGCCAUCCGUCGUUGGACAUAUGUCUCCCCUCAUGACGUCCCCUCAUUCUCCUGGAGCAUCUGGGAAUAUGGAGAGGAUCACUAGCCCUGUGCUCGUGGGGGAGGAAAACAAUGUGGUUCAUAACCAGAAAGUAGAAAUUCUGAGAAAAAUGUUACAGAAAGAACAGGAGCGACUACAGGUAUUGCAGGAAGAUUACAACCGGACCCCUGCCCAAAGACUGCUCAAAGAGAUCCAGGAGGCCAAGAAACACAUUCCCCAGCUGCAAGAGCAGUUAUCCAAAGCCACAGGCUCCGCUCAGGAUGGAGCGGUGUGCAUGCCCUGCAGGCCUCUGUGUGAUGCGCUGACAGCCAGUGAGCUGGAGUCAGAUACUGGUAAUGGACUGGCCAGGAUUGACUCCAGCAGUGGAGAUGGGUCUCGGCCCAGUAGUGACAAUGCAGAUAGCCCCAGAAGUGGCCUGAAAGAGAGGAUUUAUCUAGAGGAAAGUCCAGACAAGAGUGACGUCGUUCUGGACCCUGAGACUCAGUCAUUGAUUGGGAGUCCUGCAACACGUACGGUGCCUCAUAUUAUUGGAGCAGAGGACGAUGAUUUUGGUACUGAACAUGAACAGAUCAAUGGACAGUGUAGCUGUUUCCAGAGCAUUGAGCUGCUAAAAUCCCGCCCUGCUCACUUGGCUGUUUUUCUACAUCAUGUGGUUUCACAGUUUGACCCUGCAACACUGCUCUGUUAUCUCUACUCUGACCUGUACAAGCAGACCAAUUCCAAAGAGACUCGGCGAGUCUUCCUGGAGUUUCACCAGUUCUUCCUGGACCGAUCUGCACACCUUAAAGUUUCUGUCCCUGAAGAAAUAUCUACAGAUCUGGAGAAGAGACGACCAGAACUUAUUCCUGAGGAUCUGCAUCGCCAUUAUAUCCACACUAUGCAAGAGAGAGUCCACCCAGAAGUUCAGAAGCACUUGGAAGAUUUUCGGCAAAAACGUAGUAUGGGGCUGACCUUGGCUGAAAGUGAGCUGACUAAACUUGAUGCAGAGCGAGACAAGGACCGGGUGACUCUGGAGAAGGAACGGGCAUGUGCAGAACAGAUUGUUGCCAAAAUUGAAGAAGUGCUGAUGGCUGCUCAGGCUGUGGAAGAAGAUAAAAGUUCCACAAUGCAAUAUGUCAUCCUGGUGUACAUGAAGCAUCUGGGAGUAAAGGUGAAAGAGCCCCGAAAUUUGGAGCACAAGCGAGGUCGGAUUGGAUUUCUCCCCAAAAUCAAGCAAAGCAUGAAGAAAGACAGGGAAGGCGAAGACAAAGGGAAGCGCAGAGGAUUCACCAGCAUCCUCGGGCCCCCAAGGAGACCCAGCCGCCACGACAACAGCGCAAUUGGCAGAGCCAUGGAACUACAGAAGCAGCGCCACCCUAAACACUUAUCCACAAUCUCUUCUGUGAGUCCAGAACCUCAGGACUCUGCCAAGUUGCGCCAGAGUGUGCAAGCCCCGGAGGGAACAGACGCUGGAUACCUGCCUGCUAAUCCCAUGUCCUCUGUGGCUGUAGGGACCACUGUUUCCCAGGAAGGAGGCAAAGAGAAUGAUCUGGCAUCAAAGCAAGUUGGAGAAACCCCGACCUCUGGAGACUCCACAGAUGGCACACCACGUACUCCCAACACCAUCUUUGACUUCCCACCGCCGCCGUUAGACCAAGUGCAGGAGGAGGACUGCGAAGGCGAGAGGGUGAUUGAACAUGGGACACCAAAGCCCUUUCGAAAGUUCGACACCACAGCUUUUGGAGAGAGUCAGAGUGAGGAUGAACAGUUUGAAAAUGACUUAGAGACCGAUCCCCCCAACUGGCAGCAGCUUGUUAGUCGAGAAGUGUUACUGGGACUAAAACCUUGUGAGAUCAAAAGACAGGAGGUGAUCAAUGAAUUGUUCUACACUGAAAGAGCUCAUGUGCGAACACUGAAGGUUCUUGAUCAAGUGUUCUAUCAGCGAGUGUCCAGAGAAGGAAUUUUGUCACCUUCAGAGCUACGGAAAAUUUUUUCAAAUCUGGAAGAUGUUCUUCAACUUCACGUUGGGUUGAAUGAGCAAAUGAAAGCUGUUCGAAAAAGGAAUGAGACUUCCGUGAUUGAUCAGAUUGGGGAAGAUUUGCUGAGCUGGUUCAGUGGCCCAGGAGAGGAGAAGUUGAAACAUGCAGCUGCCACCUUUUGUAGUAACCAGCCCUUCGCCCUGGAAAUGAUCAAGUCUCGUCAGAAAAAGGACUCUCGGUUCCAGACUUUUGUGCAAGAAGCCGAGAGCAAUCCAUUGUGCCGCCGUCUGCAGCUGAAGGAUAUCAUCCCUACCCAAAUGCAAAGGCUGACCAAGUACCCUCUCUUACUGGACAACAUUGCCAAAUACACAGAAUGGCCAACAGAGAAAGAGAAGGUGAAGAAAGCCGCGGAUCACUGUCGUCAGAUCUUAAAUUAUGUCAACCAGGCUGUCAAGGAGGCAGAAAACAAGCAGCGCUUAGAAGAUUAUCAGCGUCGCCUUGAUACUUCUAAUCUGAAGCUUUCGGAGUACCCAAAUGUUGAAGAGCUCAGGAAUUUGGAUUUAACCAAGCGGAAGAUGAUUCAUGAGGGACCGUUGGUUUGGAAGGUGAAUAGAGAUAAGACAAUUGACCUCUACACACUGCUGCUGGAAGACAUCCUGGUCCUGUUACAGAAGCAGGACGACAGGCUGGUGCUCAGGUGUCACAGUAAGAUUCUGGCAGCGACAGCUGAUAGCAAGCACACGUUUAGCCCUGUCAUUAAGCUGAACACGGUGCUGGUUAGACAAGUGGCAACAGAUAACAAAGCUUUAUUCGUCAUUUCCAUGUCAGACAAUGGAGCCCAAAUUUAUGAACUGGUGGCUCAAACGGUGUCAGAAAAGACUGUCUGGCAGGACCUCAUCUGUCGGAUGGCUGCAUCGGUGAAAGAGCAACCCACGAAGCCCAUUCCGUUACCACAGCCUCCACCUGACGAAGGAGACAAUGAGGAAGAAGAACCUUCAAAAUUAAAAGUGGGACAUCAUGGCAUUUCAGUCACAGGCCUGCAAAGUCCAGACCGAGACCUGGGGCUAGAGUCUCCCUUGAUGCCAUCCCAGCAGCAGUCUCCCUCGCUGGGCACCUCUGGGAAGGCGGAGGUCGACGACCUCUUCGUGGCUGAGAGACAGUUUGCCAAGGAGCGGCACGCAGACGUCACCGUCAAGGAAGUGGGAGGAAACUGUCAAGUUGCAGUCCCAGAUCCCCAUCUUCCUGUCUCUGAAGAACGGUGGGCAGCGGAUGCACUGAGGAAUUUGGGUCUGCUGAAGCGGCUGCUGGAGCAGCAGCUGGGCUGGCCUGAGCGGCGCACUCAGGAAGACUGGCAGCAGUCCCCACGCUCAAGGACGGCCUCGCGGGGGGUGCAGGCAGACGGCGGAGGCCAGAACUCCGAGAGCAGGAAGGCCUGCCUUCCCUUCAGAACUGGAACAGGUGACCUUCCCGUUGGCGGCAGUCCAAGGACUUCAGGUGACUCUUCUGCUCCACGGGAUUCGGCGAUACUGGCAUCCCACGAGAACCAGGCAGGUAUCGUCGUCUUCAUGGACCAAGUGGUUAUGACCCCGGAGAUGCCUCCCAGCGAGCCUGAGGGGGCGCUGGACGAAGGCGGAGAGCACUUUUUUGAUGCCCGUGAAGCACACAGUGAUGAUAACCCAUCAGACGGCGGUGGCGCCGUGAAAAAGGAGGAGCAGGGUGUCGAUCCACGCAUCUCAGGAAACUACUUCAUCCUUGACGGCUAUGAGACCGUGCAGGAGAGCUCCACGGACGAGGAGGCCGUCUCCUCGCUCAGCCCACAGCCUGCGGCCGGCGGCCCCUCUCCGGACUCCACCCACCAGCAGCAGCAUUCGCCGCAGAGUGCUCAUUCGGAUGGGCCAAACUCCCCCUUCACCCCCGAACUCCUGGCCCAGCAGCGCUGGGGAGCCAUGGAGGACAGCUGCUUGCAGACCCAGAGUCCCUCUUCCUGUGCAGAGCUGCCACACCAGGUCAUGGAGUACAUUCGUAAGAUCGAGGCGGACCUGGAACACUUAAAGGUACCUCCUGUUUCAACCUCCUUGGACUUGCGUGUGCGAACCCCAUCGUAUAGCAUGACAGAAAUGCUGAUGUUGGCAAACUUGCUCGGGGCCAGACCCGAACGCUGCUUUCAUCACAGUCCACAGGCCCGAGCACGAGUGUUGUUCGCUGCUGCGGGCUUGAAGCACAGAGGGCUCCGGCCCUGAGCCGCAGCGCUCUCGGGAGCUGGUGCGUGGAAGCCCAUCUCUGGCCACCUGGAUAAACAGCGUGAGAUUGGACCUUUUAGCUGGUUGUAA